GUGGCAGCAAGUAAUCGAGACCCCUUGGUAGCAUCUAGUUUGUUGAAAGCCCAAACGUUUUUGAAUUCGGGACUGACAAGUUUGUCUAAAUUACUCCCACUGUUUGACUCUGGCAGUGGCAGCUUUUAUGACCUUCGUCAUCUUUCAGCUGAUCAUAUCCAGUCUAUGAAGUACACUGAACCUAGAAAUGCUAGAAACAAUUUUCAGUUAUCAUCUGGUCCUAACAGAGCUCGUUGGAGUUAUCAUUCUUUACAUAUUCGGCAACUUCAAACUUUGGUUGAUCUAGACCCGGAACAUUCUGUUCAAUGGCAAAAUACAGCGAGUCGAUGGAUCGCCUAUCUUCAAGGUUUUCAGUCUCUUCAGAAUUAG